CGUGUGUGUUCCCUGGCGAGAGCCCCGGGUAUCCUGCCGGGUGCGUGCGCACGGUGUACCCCGGUGUGUGUGUGUGUGUGUGUGUGUGUGUGUGUGUGUGUGGCCGCGCGCUCCUUGGAGCCGGACACUAGCCAGUCGUGUGCACCUUGGAGUGACUGCGCCCCAGGUGUCUACAGGAGUAAAUGCGGAAUUAGCACGCGAGUGAGGGAAGCGGUCCAGUCGGUGGUCACACCAGGACUCCAGCGCAAAGGACACCUUUCUUUGGCAAAAAUGUCAGUGGAUCCCCUAUCCAGCAAAGCCUUGAAGGUCAAGCGCGAGCUGAGCGAAAACACACCGCACCUGUCGGACGAGGCAUUGAUGGGGCUGUCGGUGCGGGAGCUGAACCGGAACCUGCGCGGGCUGUCGGCCGAGGAGGUGACGCGGCUGAAGCAGCGGCGCCGCACGCUCAAGAACCGCGGCUACGCAGCCAGCUGCCGCGUGAAGCGCGUGUGCCAGAAGGAGGAGCUGCAAAAGCAGAAGUCCGAGCUGGAGCGCGAGGUGGACAAGCUGGCGCGCGAGAACGCAGCCAUGCGCCUGGAGCUCGAUGCGCUGCGCGGCAAGUGCGAGGCGCUGCAGGGCUUCGCGCGCUCCGUGGCCGCCUCUCGUGGGCCCGCGGCGCUCGUGGCUCCAGCCAGUGUCAUCACCAUUGUCAAGUCCGCACCGGGCCCCGGCCCCGCCCCUAGUCCAGACCCCGCUCCCGCCGCCUGCUCCUAGUGCCAACCCCCACCCUCCUAGCCCCACCCCUUCUCCAAGCCACGCCCCCUCGGACCCGCGCCCUUUCCAAAGUGCCUAAGCACUUAUCUGUUCCCAGGGUCCCCUUUCUCUGCCACCACUAUCCCCUGUGGUGAACCCACAUUCCUUUCCUGGGCUCUGUCUUCCUUUUGCAGGCCCCCAAACUAGGACCUGAUGGCUCUGGAGAGGGACAGCUUUGCUAGGUUGGAGGUGUUGGGGUUCUGGGGCUCCCUGGGCUGAAAGAUUGGAAGAUUGGAAGGAAUAGAGAUGGCUCCUCUGAGACUGGUGGGAGAGGGGAAAGGACGAAGAGGCUUUGGAUGAUGCCAAUUAUGCCCUUCCCACCCUCCCAGGAUUCAGGACUGGGUGUGGCCCUGCGAUGCUGGGAAGCUGAACUCCAAAGACCUCCCACCUCUACUUGGGGCCUGGGAACGCCAGCCUUUCCCAAGCUAGGAGAGCCUUUGGAAACCAGUGAAGCUCAAUUAACAGAUGGGGAAGUAGUCAAAACAGUGCCCACAGCCACAGCGCUUACUCUGGAACCCAAAGCCGGGUCUUCCCAUUGCUGUCCUAACGUGCCAGCCAUGGAUUUCACAGGGGGACAGUGGACAAGGACCGAAGAAGUCGCGGGAGGGCCUCCGUGACCUGGGAGACAGUGCUACAUGGCAGGAGAGAAGCAGAGGGAGAGAGAAAGUGACAGGGAAGGUGGGGACGGAAGGACCACCCCUGGGCUCUGCCUGUGGCAGCCAGGGGCCCUGGAGGUGGCUGGCCAGCCAAAGAGAAGGGACAAGGAAGGUGAUCACUGUGGCAGGUAGACAUCCCAAAGCAGGGUGUAUGUUGGAGUGUUCUUGUAAUUUUCACUUUGACCCCGAGUAUCCAUGGUGGGGUGGGAGCUGGUCAAUGGUCUCCUGGGAAGUCUGGCCCAGCACCCCCCCUCAACACUGUAUACAGCUGCCCUUCCCCACUCUUUAUUUAUUGCACGAACCUAAGUUAUUCUCCCCAGCCAGAGCCCAGUGCCUGUUCCUUGGGAAAUGUAUGAGUUCUGAGCUGGACUUUAUAUUUUGUAUCUACAAAUAAAUCACAUUUUACUUUAUAUUUAGGGAAAGCUGGGAUGGCAAUAACAAAAUUUUUUUAAAAAAAUUGCCCAGCCCCCAGAAUUUAUUUAUUUUCUGACUUAAAGUGAGCCAGUUAUCUGCCUUGUGUAUUUUAUAGACUUUCUGAAUAAAGUCAAGUUCUCUUUUUCCACAGAGAACUGUA